GAACUAACAGGGGUACCAACGCUAAGCCAGCCGGCGUAAAGAAACCUCUCCUACAGGAUGAAUCCUCUACUGACUCUGGCGUCUCACGCGACGAACCCCCCAGCCCUGAGUCAGCAAGCCUCAAGGAGAAUGAAGAAAAUGAGUGUGGUGUGGUGUGGUGUGGUGUGUCUCGGGCCAAACUGAGACGCUCCCUCACCGCCGAUGACUCUCAGGUCAACUCGCCCUCCGCUCUCCAGAGGCGUAACCGCGGCGACCGGCUCCCCAUCCCCAUCCUGCUCCCCGGCCGACCAAUCACAGCCCUUCUCUUCAAACACCAGCAACAUCGACCAGCUGCAGCUCGCUCUGCUCACCGCCCCGCUCGGCUCGCAGCCGGCGAGUCUGGCCGCCAGCCAGUCGCUUCAGCUGCAAAGCCCCGCCUUCUUCCUGGACUACGAUUCCCAGAGUACACCAGGGUGCAUCUCCUCUCUGGAGGCCUACGAGGACUUCGGAGAGCCAGGAGGAGGAUAGUUCUUAUAGACGGCAUUACUGCUAACUUUUGACAAUCAUAUCAUUAUUUUUUUUUUUUUUUAAUUUGACAAAAUUGCAAAACAUUCCGUUCUUCCAGCAUCUCAGUCGUGAGAAUUUUCUGCUUUUCUUUUGUCUUAUGUGUUUGAAAAGUAAAUAUUUUUGUUGAUCACUUUCGCUUUAAGAUAUUGUGUUGGAUAGUCUUCAUAGUUCUACAUGAUAUUGUAGGUCAAACAAUUAAUCGAGUAAAGAUACCCUGCCGAGUUUUCUUGAAUUCACAUUCAGUGUUUUCUACAAAAAUGCGUUGUGGUGAAACAUUGUCGUGAAACAAGCGUGAUGAAUUUAUAUAUUCGGGUGUGUUUGCGUCUUUCCAGCAGCUUCACGAGAACUAUAGACUGUCAAAGACAGAUGUCUUACCUACAGAUCAGACAUUUUGUGAAGACUCAUCUCGACAAUUUUUAGACUGCAACAUCUAAGUUGGACCAAUGUCUCUGUAGUAGAAAAGCAUACAAUUUCAUUUAUAUAUGAUGUGUUACAAGAACAUGAGCAAGUGAAUAUGGAGGGUAUAGAAAAGGACCGGGGGAAAAGAAUUAGGUAUGGGAAUAGCAAAGGUCACCUGGGACAAAGGGCUGAAUGUCAAUAUGUGCUCCCUUAAUGCCAGACACUGUUUGAUCCAGUUCAAAAUGUUGCACAGGUUGCAUUAUUCAAAGGUGAAGUUACAGAAAAUCUUCCCAGAUGUGUCCCCAAUUUGUGAAAAAUGUAACCAAGCGGAUGCAGAUUUACUACAUAGUUAUGCACUACGUCCUAAGCUACAGGAAUUCUGGGUGGCAAUAUUUUCGUUCUAUUCACAGGUUUUUAAAGUUCAAAUAAGACCAGACCUACUUUGGGUUAUACUGGGUGCUUCAGAUCACUAAGAAACUUCAGAGUGUCGUGGAAGUUUCCUUUGCAGCAUGGGGUAGAGUUUGAGAGUUUAGUAAAUUGAAACAAAUAAGACAGA